AAAAAAAAAAAACAGAAAGUAUUGAACUAGCCGCGUCUCUCAAACUUGGUCCAAUUAGAUCUUAUCGGGUUUUCGUUUCAAAGCCCAAUCUCUCUCUCUCUCUCUCUCCCCGAAAAGCCCUAGAUCUCGCUUCCGCCACUUCCGCAGCUCGGUUCCGAGCUUCCGCACCCGGCACCGCCGUGCCGCGUUUCCAGAUUCAGAUUCAGUUGACUUAUAUCUGCAGGAGGGCAUAUACUGACAGGAUGGCUACCCUUGAAGAAGGUGAAGUAGCGAUGUCCCCUGAUGUAAAAGAUGAGACGAUCAAUGUCGACAAGAUGGAUGUCAUUGAAGAAGACAAAUUAGUGGUGACCCAUGAUGUAAAUCAAGAGCUAAAUGGUACUGACUCUCAACCUAGCAAUGAUCUUGAAACCCAGGCUACUGGUGGUGAUGUAAAUGUGUUCGACAAUGCCAAAGAAUGUCAGAAAAAUGAGGCAGAGAUUUCUGAAUCACUACCCAAAAACCAGGUUGGCAGUCAGCUUGGUGAUUCAAAAGUUACUCUUGACAAGAAGUCUACCCCUGAGGCACCACCCAGCAUCCAUGUGGUCGAUUCUGAAGCAUCGCCAAACAAAGGUGUGGUUUGUUCUGAAAUGCAGACAAGUAAUGAUGUGGUUGUAUCUGAAACACAGCACAGCAAUGAGGAUGCGGUACCUGAAGCACAGCACAACAAUGAAGGGGUAGCUUUAUCUGAAACACAACACAUAGAUGAGGAGGUUGCAUCGGAAAAACAGCACAACAAUGAAGGGGUAGCUUUAUCUCAAACACAACACAUAGAUGAGGAGGUUGCAUCGGAAAAACAGCACAACAAUGAGAGGGUGCUUGCAUCUGAAACACAGCCAACUGAUGAGACUAUUAUCUGUGAAGCACAGCACAACAAUGAGGAGGUUGUAUCUGAACCACAUUGCGAUGAUGAGGUGGUCAUGUCUGAAGCACAGCCCAUUAGUGAGGUGGUAAUGUCUGACUCACAGCAGAACAAUGAUGUGGUCAUAUCUGAUUCGCAGCCGAGCAGUGAGGUAGUUUUUUCUGACACACAACCCAAUAAUGAGACUGUCAUGUACGAGGCACAAAUCAGUAAUGAGACCGUAAUGCAUGAGGCGCAAAUUAGCGAUGAAGCUGUCAUGCACGAGGCAGAAAUCUGCAACGAUGGGGUUGCAUCUGAAGCUCGGCCUGAGAAUGAGUUAGCCGAUUCUACAAUGGAUCCCAACAAUCAGCUAUCCCAUCAAGAAAUUCUUGAUAAUCAUCAGUUCGCAGACAGUCAUAACACAGAUGACAGACCAAUACCCCACAAUCACUUGCAAGAGUAUGAUACGCAUCCGAACAGUCAUCUGGACCAUCACGAGGCACUAGACAACCAUCAGUUGCCAAACUCUGAAACACUCUCGCCUGAUCAGCUAGCCAAUUCCCAAAUGAUGUCUCAGUAUGACCUGGCAAAUGGUGAAACACUUCACAGCAAUCAGCUGGUAAGUUCUCAAGCACACUAUGAGAUAGUCAAUGCUAACAAUUUCCCCAGCUAUGAAAUAGUAAAUGCUGAAACUCCGCCAAACAAUGAAGAACAUACCCCAGAGACACAGCCAAGUAAGAGGAGGAAAAAAAAGUCUAUAGUCUGGGAACACUUUACCAUAGAAACAGUUAGCCCUGGAUGUAGAAGGGCAUGUUGCAAGGAAUGCAAACAAACUUUUGCCUACAGUACUGGCUCAAAAGUUGCUGGUACCAGCCACCUUAAACGGCACAUUGCAAAGGGAGCAUGCCCAGCUCUUCUGCGUAGUUUGGAUCCAAAUCAGCAUGCCCCAUAUACCCCACGUUCAAGGGGAAGUGGUGCUAGUAAUGCUAGCAAUACACCAAAACGACGAUAUAGAACCGCCAGCACACCUUACAUAAUUUUUGAUCAAGAUCGUUGUCGUCAUGAGAUUGCUAGGAUGAUCAUUAUGCAUGAUUACCCCCUUCACAUGGUUGAGCAUCCCGGAUUUGUUGCAUUUGUCCGAAAUCUGCAACCCCAGUUCAACAUGGUGACCUUUAAUACUAUUCAAGGAGACUGCGUCGCAACUUACUUGACUGAAAAGCAAAACCUUUCAAAAUAUUUUGAUGAGUUACCAGGACGUUUUGGUCUGACACUGGAUAUGUGGACCUCAAGUCAAUCUGUAGGUUAUGUAUUUAUCACGGGACAUUUUGUUGAUAGUGACUGGAAGUUGCAGAAGAGAAUUCUCAAUGUUGUGAUGGAACCAUGCCCUGAUUCUGACUCUGCUCUCAGCCAUGCUGUAUCUGCCUGCAUUUCUGAUUGGAAUUUGGAGGGUAGGCUGUUCACAAUUACUUGUAAUCAGCCACUUACUGAAGUUGCCCUUGAGAACCUCAGACCUCUACUCUCUGUGAAGAAUCCACUUAUCUUCAAUGGUCAGUUGCUAAUUGGACAUUGCAUUGCCCGUACUUUAAGCAAUGUUGCAUAUGAUUUGUUGAGCUCAGCACAAGGCAUUGUCAAUAAAAUCCGGGAAAGUGUGAAAUAUGUGAAGACUUCAGAAUCACAUGAGGAUAAAUUCCUGGAUCUUAAGGAACACCUUCAGGUUCCCAGUGAAAAGAGUCUUUUUAUUGAUGACCAAACCAAAUGGAAUACAACAUAUCAAAUGUUGGUUGCAGCUUCUGAACUGAAGGAAGUGUUUUCCUGUUUAGACACUUCUGAUCCUGAUUACAAAGGAGCCCCAUCUAUUCCAGACUGGAAACUUGUUGAGAUCCUCUGCACAUACUUGAAGCCCCUUUAUGAUGCAGCAAACAUUCUUAUGACAACAACUUAUCCCACUGCUAUUACAUUCUUUCAUGAAGUUUGGAAAUUACAUUUGGAUCUAUCUCGAGCUGUUAAGAAUGAGGAUCCCUUCAUUAGCGACCUUACUAAACCCAUGUACGAAAAGAUCGAUAAGUACUGGAGAGAUUGUAGUCUGGCUUUGGUGAUUGCUGUAGUUAUGGAUCCUCGUUUCAAGAUGAAGCUUGUUGAGUUCAGUUUCACAAAAAUCUACGGCGAGGAUGCUCAUGCGUAUGUCAAGAUUGUUGAUGACGGAAUUCAUGAGCUGUUUCAUGAGUAUGCAACCCUUCCUCUGCCACUAACACCGGCAUAUGCAGAAGAAGGAAAUGCUGGAAGCAGUAUGAAGAUGGAAGGAUCCUCUGGAGGAACUUUGUUGUCGGAUAAUGGUCUUACAGACUUUGAUGCCUACAUCAUGGAAACUUCUACCCAUCAGACAAAGUCUGAAUUGGAUCAGUAUCUGGAAGAAUCUCUAUUGCCACGAGUUCCAGACUUUGAUGUAUUAGGUUGGUGGAAGCUAAACAAACUUAAAUACCCCACACUUUCCAAGAUGGCCCGAGAUAUAUUGUCUAUUCCAGUUUCUACCGUUCCUUCUGACUCUAUCUUUGAUAAAAAGAGCAAAGAGAUGGAUCAGUAUCGAAGUUCCUUGCGUCCAGAGACAGUGGAGGCACUUGUGUGUGCCAAAGACUGGAUGCAGUAUGGUGCACCCGAAUCUUUGACUGCGCUUGUGAAAAUGGAAUUCUAGAUUUCAUGUUGUUGUACACUUGUACCCAGUAUGUUGGUAGGUUCUACUGUAUUUUACUUUUAGUUUUCUUUUAUGCGUUAUCUUGUAACAUAAGAGUGAUUAUUUUCGUUUAUUCGACUUGAAUAUUAAACUAUUAUGUAGCUUUUCUCUUAGAUGCUAGAACUAGUAAAUAGAUCCUAUUUUUCCCUAAUACAAGUAGUCCUUGAUGUGCAGCUCAAUCUGAUUUGUUCCAUCAGGAAUCAGCGUAAAUUUGAGGUGGCAGCGUAAAAGUUUGUUAGCGCUGCUAAUAUAGAAUUCACAUUCAGUUCA